AUGGUGCACAUUCCUUGCGUCGUCAUUCCUACUCUCUGGAUCUACAGAAAAUUCCUGGAGCUGUAUGUACACUGAAUGAUAUUCUCUUUUGUUAGAUGAAUAAGGCCUAGAAAAGGAUCCAGUGAUGAAAGCAAAAGCAAAGUAGACUGUGAGGAUGCAGACAGGAGUGGGAUUAUCACAAAAGGGCCAACAGAAAUCUCUGAUUAA